AUGCAUGAUGCACGAGUUUUUCGUUUAAGUCCUUUAUAUGAACGGUUGACCAGAAGAGAUAACUUCCUACCACCCUUUUAUCACUUGAUAGGAGACUCAGCUUAUCCCUUGCUCCCAUCACUAAUGAAACCGUAUCAAGACAAUGGUCAUUUAACUAGAGAUCAGCAAAUUUAUAAUACCAAAUUAUCAUCAAUUAGAUCUAUAAUUGAGAGAGCAUUUGGUCUACUUAAAGGUAAAUGGAGACGACUGAAAUAUUUAGAAGUAAAUCAGCCAGAAACUGCGUCAAGAAUUAUAUUAGCAUGCUGUGUCUUACACAAUUUCUUAUUAUUGCACAAUAAUCCAGAAGACGACUAUCUACCAGAAGAAAAUGAAUCACAAAAUAUAAUACCUGUGGUAGCUGACAAUCAGGAAGGUUUUAAUGCACAAGCUGAACAAAAAAGAAGACAUAUUGUAAAUAUCUGUACACAAUAA